CAAUCCUCAUUCAAACUGAUAACUAUCAUUUGAACUGAGAUGAUUGAUUCUCACACAUAUACAUUCCGAAAUACUUGACUGUUAUACACCCCGAAUUCUGAUCAUAUUCUCAAAUACUUGAACCAAUUCCACAAUCCAUUCAAUAUAACUGAUAUGACAGACAAGACAAUGUCUAGUGCAACAGUACACCUUAGCAUUCCUGAAGAUUGAAAACUUUGAUACAAGUAUAUGCUAGGAUAUGCAAAGGACAAGAAGAUAUCAGACUUCAUCAACCUUGAUAAACCUGAUAUCUUCUCUGAACUAGAAGAAACUCUGAAACCUGAGUGUUCAGAAGAAGUCACUGCAGAGAUCAAGAUAGUAUAUGAUAUCAAGAUCACUACAUGGAAAAUCAAAUAUAUGAAAUAUGAGAAAAUGAAUGAAGGUAUAACAAAGAUACAAGAUGUUAUAUAA